AUGGCUGACCUGAUUCCAAACACAGCUGCAGUCUCACCCAACGGUGUUCGGAACUCUCCUUCCCCCAGCGUUCCUAAUGGCAAACCGGCAUCCCCCUAUGUCAAGGAAAGCAACCCCAUGGGGGCCAACGCUGCACAGACUGUCACCUCCAAAGAUCCAAAGGCCGCAGCUGCGGCCGCAAAUGAUAUGAGGAAUGUGGUUAGAAGAAAACUGACUGGCUAUGUCGGUUUUGCCAAUCUCCCCAAUCAGUGGCACCGCAAGAGUGUCAGAAAGGGUUUCAACUUCAACGUCAUGGUUGUCGGGGAAUCUGGACUGGGAAAAUCUACCUUGAUCAACACCCUCUUCAACACUUCUCUCUACCCGCCACGCGAGCGCAAAGGCCCCAGCCUGGACAUUAUCCCAAAGACUGUAUCCAUUCAGUCCAUCAGUGCCGAUAUCGAAGAGAAUGGCGUUCGACUGAGGUUGACAGUAGUUGACACACCCGGCUUUGGAGAUUUCGUCAACAACGACGAUUCUUGGAGGCCUAUUGUGGAAAAUAUUGAGCAGAGAUACGAUGCAUACCUCGAGGCCGAGAACAAGGUCAACCGGAUGAACAUUGUUGACAACAGAGUCCACGCCUGUGUCUACUUCAUUCAGCCUACGGGCCACUCUUUGAAGCCCCUGGACAUUGAAGUCAUGCGCCGCCUACACACCAAGGUCAACCUCAUUCCCGUCAUUGCAAAGGCUGACACCCUGACGGAUGAAGAGGUGGCACUGUUCAAGCAAAGAAUCCUGGCCGACAUCUCCCACCACUCGAUCCAGAUCUUCGAAGGUCCAAGAUAUGAACUUGACGAUGAAGAGACGAUUGCCGAGAACCAAGAGAUCAUGUCCAAGGUUCCUUUCGCCGUUGUGGGUGCCAAUUACGAAGUGACCAACCCUGAAGGUCGAAAAGUGCGCGGCCGUCGUUACCCAUGGGGUAUCAUCGAGGUGGAUAACGAGGAGCACUGCGACUUUGUCAAGCUUCGACAAAUGCUGAUCCGAACACACAUGGAAGAACUCAAGGAACACACCAACAACGUCUUGUACGAGAACUACCGAUCCGACAAACUCAUCCAGAUGGGUGUUUCUCAAGACCCGAGUGUCUUCAAGGAGGUCAACCCCGCCGUGAAGCAAGAGGAAGAGAGGACUUUGCACGAACAGAAGCUUGCCAAGAUGGAGGCAGAGAUGAAGAUGGUCUUCCAGCAAAAGGUACAAGAAAAGGAAAGCAAGCUGCAGCAGAGCGAGGAAGAGCUGUUCGCCCGCCAUCGCGAGAUGAAAGAACAGCUGGAGAGACAACGUGCUGAGCUCGAGGAGAAGAAAACUCGCAUCGAACAAGGUCGACCUAUCGAGAAGGAGGGCAAGAGGAAGGGCUUCUCACUCCGUUAG